AUGAAUCAAAACAUCACGAAUAUAAUUUUAUCAAAUGUUCUUCUUCUUGGAGAAUGUGCCGUUGAAAAAUCAAUAUUCAUCAAUGCUUUAGUCAAUUAUCUUAAAUUUGAUAAAAUUGAAGAAGCUCAAUCUGGUGGACUCAUUGUACUUAUUCCUGUUUCAUUUUUACUAACAAUUGGAGAUAAUUUUGAAGAACGAAUAGUCCGAUUUGGUGGCGAAUACCCUAAUGAAGAUUUUUAUCAUCCAGGUCAAUCAGUAACUCAACAUUGUAGAUCAUAUGUCUUUUCUAUUAGUACUCGAACAAAAGUAAGAUUAAUUGAUACACCUGGAAUGGGAGAUAUUCGUAGUCUUGAACAAGGCUAUCUCAAUAUGGGACAUAUUCUAUCAUUUAUUACAAAUCUCUCACAUUUGAAUGCUGUUUGUAUACUUCUUAAACCAAAUGAAUCAAGAUUAAAUAUUGUUUUUCGUACAUAUUUUACUCAUUUAGUAGAAUUUUUAGGUGAAAAUAUUCGUCAUAAUAUUAUAUUUUGUUUUACAAAUACUCGAUCAACAUUUUUUACUCCAGGUAUUACAGCUCCUUUACUUAAAGAAGUUCUUGCUAAUUUUCCUGUUACAAAUAUUCCAUUGAAUAAAAAAAAACACAUGUUGCUUUGA